AUGACAGACGUACAAAGAACCCCCUUCGUGAGGGAUCUCGCCUCAAGCGACCGCAAGACCCGCGACAAAGCACUCGACUCCCUAACCCUCUUCCUCCGCUCCCGAACAGACCUCUCCCUCAUUGACCUGCUCAAACUCUGGAAGGGUCUUUUCUUCUGCUUCUACCACUCCGACCGUCCCCUCACCCAACAAGCUCUCGCGCGCUCGCUCUCGUACUCCCUCGUCCCGACCCUCCCCCGCCCAACAGUGCACAGAUUCCUGCGCGCGUUCUGGAUUACCAUUGGGCGCGAGUUCCAUGCGAUUGAUCGGUUGCGGUUGGAUAAGUAUAUGUAUUUGAUUAGGUGUUAUGUGGGUGUUGCGUUCGAGAUCUUCGUCAAAGGCAAACAGCAACAACCAGGAAAUGAUGACGGUGGGAAGAAGCGCAAGCGCGAAGAAGAGCAGGCCGCUGCGAAAUCGAAGAACCAGAAGAAACAGAACAAGCGGUCUAAGGGGAAGGACAACACCGACGAACAAUCCAACAGAAUAUCCAACGGCACCACCACCACAACCGCAACCACCGAUACCCAAACCCCCACAACAACCACAGACUCGGACGCCGCCAAAUGGACCGACCUAAAAUCCUACCUCAGUAUAAUCUCCGAAGGACCCCUCAACCCCCUAAACUUCGACCCCGACCAAGACACCUCCAUCAAUGAGAAAACCGACUACGUGCCUAUGCCGCACGGUCCCGACGGUCUGCGCUACCAUCUUCUGGAUAUCUGGAUCGACGAGUUGGAGAAGGUUCUCGAAUUCGAACAAGGGGACUCCGAGGAAGGAGAGGAGACGAAGCCGAGGAAGGUUAUUAGUGAGGCUCCUAUGGAUCUUAUCCUGGGUCCUAUUGAGACACUCCGCGUGGAGGGGUUGCAUAAGCCCGUUCGGACUCGUGCUGCGGAGGCGUUGCAGGACGAGAGAUUGUUUGAGUGGGGGUUUAAGGAGAGGAAGGUCGAGAGUGAGGAUGAGGAUGAGGAGAGUGAGGAGUGGGGUGGAUUUGACUAA